UCAGUUUACCUUGUGGUCUGUGUGUUUAUCAAAUGAAUAAAGUAUAGCACUAAUAAUUAAUUAUUCAUUUUGUUUAAAUAACCUACAGUUACGAAUUUUGUGAUAUAAUUACUGAUGCUUUCUGAAUAUUUUUCAAAACCAAAUAACAAAUCCAAUGUUGAUGAAAUUGUGUACAAUUAUUUGCAACUUGAAAAUGAUCUCCAAUCUAAUUUAGAAGAAUUGAACUUUGGACCAGAUAUCUCUUACAUUUACAAACCUCUAACUUAUGCUUCUGACUUGCAUAAAAAAUUUGUUACCAAGUUCCUUUUCAGCCAUAGAAAUGUAUUAUUUUUGGGCAUGAACCCUGGUCCUUGGGGAAUGUGUCAAACUGGAAUUCCGUUUGGUGAAAUUAAUGCUGUUAAAAAUUAUUUACAAAUUGAUGGUGAAGUUAAUAUUCCCCAAAAUAUUCAUCCUUCAAGACCUAUUUUGGGUUUAAAUUGUACAAAUAAAGAAAUAAGUGGUCAAAGAUUUUGGGAACUUAUUAAUGAAGAAAGUGACGGUGAUCCAUUUAGAUUCUUCAAACAUUGCUUUAUACAUAACUACUUUCCUUUUGCAUUAAUGAACAAAAAUGCCAAAAAUAUUACCCCUGCUGAAUUAAAGAGUGAUAAAAGAAAACAUCUAGAAAAUAUUUGUGAUGAAUCAUUAAGAAGUAUAAUUGAAUUGUUAAAUGUCAGUAUAAUUGUUGCAAUUGGAAAAUAUGUUGAAAAAAGAUCUUUAGAAGUGGUUAAACAAUUUAAUUUGUGUAAUGUAAAGGUUAUAAAUAUCCGUCAUCCAAGCCCUCGUGCUCUUGGCACUGCUGAAAAUUGGAAAAUUGAAACUAUAAACCAGUUAAAAUCCAAUAAUAUCAUUCAACUUUUCAAGUAAAAUGACUUGGGAAAAAUACAUGAAAAUUUCUCUCGACUUAGCAAAAGAAGCAUUACAAGCUGGUGAAGUACCUGUUGGUUGUAUUUUCAUUGAUAAAGAUGAUAAAAUUGUUGCUACAGGGUGUAACACGGUUAAUGAAACAAAA